AUGAACAACCCCGCCUUACCCUUAUAUGAUUCCCAAAAUCCAGGGCCGUACGCUUUCAUCAAUCCCCAGCCCAAUGUCGGCUACGCCAUCCCUCCCGGAACUCCCUUUGAUCAUGCCCAGACUCCAUUUCAGCCGGGCAUGAUCCCAAAUCAGAUCCAGAGGCCCUUAUCCCACCCUCAUCAGGCCCAGCAACCUGUUCCUCACCAUCUCUACCAACAACAUCUCGGUCAGAUUGGUACGGCGUCGCGUCCGGAGAGUCGAUCCAGCUAUAGCCCGCAGGCCAAAGGGCAUCCCUCUAAUGGGCAAACUCCUGUCCCCGUCCCAGUGAAUCAAGGAGCCAACCUAACGUCCAGUCCUACCCAGUUACAGACUGUGACAACUUCAGCUCAUCCCUUACCGCCUGCCUCUGCGCCAACGUCACUGGAUAUGAACAUGGCAGCAAACAUGGCCCUGGCAGGCCAAUCGAGUUCCACAUUGGCUCAACAAGCCCAAAUUCACAAUGCGACACAAGUCGCUCGCGCUGCUCCGCCCCAGCAGCAUUCACAACAACAGCACCACACAAGCGCUGGUGCGGCCAUCUCAGCACAGUCUGCUGCGAGGGAGCGAGCACGAGUCUCGGUGUUGCUGGAGAUCAAUACCCAUUUGCUGCAGGAAGUUGUGUCAUUACAGGCCCAGGGAAAGGCGGGAACCACAUCUAACCAGGGACAACAAUCACCUACCUCGCCCACUUCGGCAGCAGAUGCGGCCAACACCAUCACCAAUAGCCCAGGAGAGCCACCAAAAUCGGCAGGAGGCACGCCUCAGUCAAAGCCACCAUCACAAGAAUAUGCAGAAUGCAUGCGGCGGCUGCAGGCCAAUCUAUCCUACUUGGCCGCGAUUGCGGAUGCCAAAAAGAAGGCCAAUGGAGCCCUGCCUUCGGGACCAGCAAUUAUGAUUCCCCCACCUCAUUUGCCGCAGGUGAAUGAGCUGUAUAAAAGGCUGAACGCUCUGUUCCCAGAGGCAAGCCACUCGGCUAUCAACAAAGCAAUGGCGCAAGCCACCGCGCAAAACCCGAACACUGGUCCCAAAUCGCAAAUACCGUUCACUUCUGCGCAAGGCUGA